GUAUGGUGUAUGGCGGUAAUCAGGGCACUGGUAUGGUGUAUGGCGUUUAACAGGUCACUGGUUUGGUGUAUGGAAGUGAUCAGGGUGCUGGUAUGGCAUAUGGCGGUGAUCAGGGUGCUGGUAUGGCAUAUGGCAGUGAUCAGGGUGUUGGUUUGGGGUAUGGCGGUGAUCAGGACAUUGAUAUGGUGUGUGGGGGUGACAGGGGUUGGCUGCAUGUUUUAUUAUGUAUAUACAGGGGUAGUGAUCAGGGACACGGGGCACUAAUCAGGGACACUGGAGUGGCUGGAACAC